CGUACCCGUGACUUUGCCGCUUUAUAAGUGACUGCUGUGCCCGACAACAAGACACCUUUGAUCUGGUCCUGCUCGCCAUGAAGCUGCUCGCCAACUUCCUGUGUGUGUUUCUGAUCUUGGCCUUGGCGCAUGCCGACCAUCAUGGGGAUCAUUCAUCAGACCUCCCAGAUCGGUGUGAGGGUCUGGAGAUGGACGCCGCGGUGGUGAACGAGGAUGGCGUGCCCUACUUUUUCAAAGGUCACUUCUUGUUCAAGGGAUUCGACGGCAAGGCGGAGAUGUCCAAUGAGUCUUUUGCCGAGUUGGACGACGAUCACAAAGUGGGACACGUCGAUGCCGCUUUCCGCAUGCACAAUGAGGACAGCCCGGACGAACAUGACCGCAUAUUCUUCUUCCUGGACCACAAAGUGUACAGCUACUACGAUCACAAGCUGGAGGACGGAUACCCCAAGGACAUCUCUGAAGUGUUCCCGGGAAUCCCUGAUCACCUAGAAGCUGCCGUCCAGUGCCCGCAUCCAGACUGCGAUGAAGAUUCUGUCAUCUUCUUCAAGGGACACGACAUCUAUCACUACCACGUGAAGAGCAAGGCUGUAGACAAGAAAGAGUUUAAGACCAUGCCUAACUGCACGUCCGCGUUCCACUAUAUGGGACACUACUACUGCUUCCACGGGCACAUGUUCUCCAAGUUUGACCCAAUGACCGGCGAGGUCAACGGCACAUAUCCGAAGGAGGCAAUCGACUUCUUCAUGAAGUGCUCCAAGUUUGGUGACAACAGCGACAACCUGGAUCGAGAACGCUGCAGUCGUGUUCACCUGGACGCCAUCACGUCUGAUGACGCUGGAGACAUUUAUGCUUUCAGAGGCAAUUUUUUCCUAAACACACACUAUGAAAAUCACACAAUGACGGCCGAAACCAUCGGGCACGCCUUCAAAGAACUUCAAAACGAUGUGGACGCUGUUUUCUCCUACAACAGUCACCUCUACAUGAUCAAGGACGACCAAGUGUAUGCUUACAAAGUCAGUAACCCACACACCCUCGCAGAGGGUUUCCCCAAACCUAUAAAGGAGGAGCUGGGACUGGAGGGUCCGAUUGACGCUGCCUUUGUCUGCGAGGACCAUCACAUCGCACAUCUCAUUAAAGGUGAGCACAUGUUCGAUGUGGAGCUGAAUGAAACUCCUCGCGUUGCUACCAACGAGCGUACAAUUGGGUUGUUCAAGAAGGUGGACGCCGCCAUGUGUGGCCCCAAAGGCGUCAAAGUAGUUGUAGGGAACCACUACUAUCAGUUUGACAGCAUUGCACUGUUAGUGGGGGCCAAGGCCAUUCCAGAACAGCACCGUGUGGCCAUGGAUCUUUUUGGCUGCGACCACUGAGCCCGUCAGAGAAACGCAACCUUCAUCAUGAUGCAGGCCAUCCUGGACUACCCAGAUCCGGCUUUAAGCUGAUUCUUAUUGACAAAAGUGUACUGGAACUAGUCAACUAGUACUAGUACUAGUACUAGUAGUACUAACAACAACAACUACCAACUGAAGGCUGACUUUGUACCCUUUGCUGAUGUCAAUAAAGAUGAGCAAGGA